CAAAAAGUAUCUCAAGGUUGCAAACUGCAUUUGUGAUUACCAUAUGAACACUCUCUUUAUCAGCCAAAGAGCGAAUUUCUACCGCAACCGCAAGUACAAACUCAAACUCGAGCUAAUCGCUGCAUAAAUUGCCGUUCGAAUUGAACAAUUGAACAGUCUCAGUUCGCAGCUCAAAUUGGAAAUAAGCGCCAAAGCGAAAACACUCCCGAAAUCGCCUGUGCGAGCUGUAAAAAUAAAAUAUAAUCCGAAUAUUAAAUAAGCAGCUGUUUGCGUUCGCGUGUUUUGAAGGUAAAAAUGAGAUUGGUAAUAUUGGAGACAAGCGAUUCCGUUGGCAAGUGGGCGGCCAAAUAUGUGAUGAAACGGAUAAAUGACUUCCAGCCCACCGCCGAUAGAUACUUUGUUUUGGGUCUGCCAACCGGAUCGACUCCUCUGGGAAUGUACAAAGAACUGAUUGAGUUUCACAAACAGGGCAAGGUAUCCUUCCAAUAUGUGAAGACCUUUAAUAUGGACGAGUAUGUGGGUCUGCCCAGGGAUCACCACGAAAGCUAUCACUACUUCAUGUGGAACAAUUUCUUCAAGCACAUCGAUAUUGAGCCGAAAAAUGUCCACAUUUUGGAUGGUAAUGCAGCUGAUCUGGUCGCCGAGUGCAACAAGUUUGAGGAUCAGAUCCGGGAGGCUGGAGGAGUGGAACUGUUCAUCGGUGGUAUUGGACCCGAUGGGCAUAUUGCCUUUAAUGAGCCGGGAUCCUCGUUGGUGUCCAGGACCCGGGUGAAAACUCUGGCCCAGGAUACGUUGGAAGCGAAUGCUCGAUUCUUUGAGAACGAUAUGAGCAAGGUGCCAAAACAGGCCCUAACCGUGGGCGUUGGUACUGUGAUGGACUCCAAGGAAGUAAUGAUCCUUAUUACGGGGGCACACAAGGCGUUUGCCUUGUACAAGGCCAUUGAGGAGGGCGUGAAUCACAUGUGGACCGUUAGUGCCUUCCAGCAGCAUGCCAAUACACUGAUGAUCUGCGACGAGGAUGCCACUUUGGAGUUGAGAGUUAAGACUGUGAAAUACUUCAAGGGCAUCCUCCGAGAUCUAGACGAAGGCUCCCAACAGGAGGGCUAAACUAGCUGAUGAUGCAGCCUAAUGGACGUUCAUUCCAAGCUGAUAGAGCAACAAAAGACGACGUAAUCCGUAAACUCGAUAUCAUCCAAGACCCAGUAUCUUUUUUCAAAUCAAAAUUAAACGAAUUUUUAUAUGAUAAAUGUAUUUUAUAUAUGUUACUACUUACAUUUUUAUAAAGUUUUGCGAAAAA